GUUCUGAAACGACGCAGCUUUCGCCAAAAACCCAUACUGUAUUGUAAUGAGUAAUGAUAAACCCUAAAACUCGUAGAAAAAGCCCUUCUUUCUCCAACCAACCAAGGCUUUUCCAUUCCACCGAACCUCUAAUCCAAAGUAAAGAGCUCUUUAAUUUUAAAAAUAGUUUUUGCUUUUCAUAAUUUUGCUGAAGAAUCGAAAGCGAGAUGGAUGUUGAUGGCAAGGGAGAUUCCAUGGAAGAGCUUAAGGGCCUCCAAAUUACUACACUUGACGAUGAUGACGAUGACGAAGAAAUUGCUCUAGAUGAAGAUGAUAAUGAAGAAGAUGAAGACGACGACGACGAUGAUGAAGGAGAACCUGUGAUUCUUGGGUUUGUGGAAAAGCCUGAACACAGCUGGUCUCUUCUUCGUCAACAAUUUCCAAGCAAGGCUGGAGGCGUCCCUGUUUGGUUGGACCCUGAUAAUUUGCCUUUAGGAACGUCUUGUGUUUGUGAUAUAUGUGGAGAACCCCUGCAAUUCGUACUUCAGGUUUAUGCUCCAUUAGUUGAAAAAGAGUCAACUUUUCAUCGAACAUUAUUUGUAUUCAUGUGUCUUUCUAUGAAUUGUCUACUCCGAGAUCAACAUGAACAAUGGAAGCACCAUCCAGAUAAGCGAUCACGGAGUGUGAAGGUUUUCCGUUGCCAAUUGCCUCGUGCUAAUCCUUAUUAUUCAAGUGAACCCCCUAAAGGCAAUGCGACUGACAAACUUUUAACCCCUGGAGCUCCACUCUGUAACUGGUGUGGCACCUGGAAAGGAGAUAAAUUCUGUAGUAGUUGCAAAGUAGCACGAUAUUGCUCACAAAAGCACCAGGUCAUGCACUGGCGCUCUGGUCAUAAACUUGAAUGUCAACAGCUGAGUCUUUCACCUCAGUUAUCCGAGUGCAAUGCCUGUAAUGGUGUAAUCACACAAAUUAAACCACAAAAAGUUGCAAGCAAGAGUUUAUGGCCAGAGUAUGAGAUGAAAAAUGAACAUGAAAGUGAAUAUGAUACAGAGGUAUCUGGAGAUGAUGGACAUGUCAAUAAUUCAUUGGUAUCCAGGAACAGAAUUGAAGACACAACGAAGUCAUAUAAUUUUGAGGAAGACGGUGACAAAAAGUGUUGGGCUUCUUUUCAAGUGCGGAUAGCCAAGGCUCCUGAACAAGUUUUGAGGUAUUGUAGGAGUGCUACAUCUAAACCACUGUGGCCCAUGUUAGGCGGUCGGCCAUCCAAGGCUGAUAUUCCAAGAUGCAGCUAUUGUGGUGGUGACCUAUGUUUUGAAUUUCAGAUCUUGCCUCAGUUGCUUUAUUACUUUGGGGUGAAGAACGAUGCUGACUCUCUUGACUGGGCAACAAUCAUGGUGUACACAUGCGAAGCCUCUUGUGAAGGUGUUGGUUACAAAGAGGAAUUUGCUUGGGUACAACUAAGUACAUCUACAAAUUUCUCUUGAUAGUCUUGUUUGGAUCCCCAUUUUCUUGUUCUUUUUCCUUUGUUCUUUUUUCUUGUUCUCUUUUUUAUAAGUUGAGAGAAAUUGGGAUUUUAGACAAAAAUAUUUUCAUUCCUUUACGUCUGAUUGGUUUUUCAAACAGUAUUCUCCUUUUAUGGGAGAGAAGGUUUUUGUAUGUUUUUCCAUAUUAUAGGGAAUGCAGAUAUUGAGAAAUGGUCAUUCAAGAAUAUAAUAUUUACCAAGCUUUGUGUCCUCUAUAUAUAUAUAUCCUGGGUCUGAAUUGCAGAGUAAAUAACAAAAACCACACGACAAAAAUUUAAGCUGUAGGAAUCUCUUCCUGAUUUUUUUUUUCCAACUUCGAUAUGGAUCACUGAUCACCACUUUUGAAGAAUUUUCUCAAUUCAUUUCUUGGAUCUGAGGAUGGCGCUCUUGGAAAACUUCAUGGUUGACAUGGUUCCCAAUAGUUUCAAGAUUAGGCUGACAACACGGAGAAUUCAGAGAACGCUUCUUAAGAGAAAUCCAAUCAAGCAAAUUAAGUUUUAAGGUUUUUUUUUCUUAAAUACAUGAUGACUGAUGCCAUUUCAAAGUGGCCAAACAGGCAGUUGUACUUGCAAACAGUUCAAGGUAGCAAAUAAAAAUGAACUCAUUUCAGCCCCAUGCACAAUGAUUUAUUCCCUGGCUCUUAGUGAUCAACAAAGCCAUGGAAGAUUUAGAGCAAUAACUUAUUUUAAACUUUAAACGGCAUCAAGAGUUUCUAAAGGAUGCUGGCCUUAAUUUGAAAAUAAGAGAAUUGGUUU